AUGGCUCUCCAUCAGGCGUCACCUCGCCACCGCUCCACAUUGUGCAGCGGUCCAAGUAGGUGAAAAUGUCACCCGUCCCUGGCCCUCGUCCCAUUCUCGGGUCGCGUGUCUUGGUGACCGUGUCGGUGGCGGCGGUCAGCUCAGCUCGUCUGUAGUUGUGCCAGCUCUGUCAUCCGCGAGGCGAGGUGAGCCGUGUGGCAUAGAGUCGAGCUGCCAGACCUGAUUAUUAUUAGUACUGCCAGGAUAAUUAAGUCAGCGGGCCCUCUGAAAGAGCAGGUUUAGUGUCGACUUGACUUCUAGUCCCUAUCGGCUUCUCUCUCUCUCUCUCUCUCUCUCUCUCUUUCUCUCUCUCCUCUCACUCCCUUGACAUCCUUUCAUUCUGUAAUUGUCAGACUGACUGCUUUCCUCCCCCUCCCUCUUUCUGGGUUUUUCUCUCUCCCUCUUGCACUGACUGCCACUAUCUCUCUCUCUCUCUCUCUCUCUCUCUCUCUCUCUCUCUCUCUCUCCUCUCUCUCUCUCUCUCUCUCUCUCUCUCUCUCUCUCUCUUUCUCGCUCUCCCUCUUGCACUGUCUGCCACUAUCUCUCUCUCUCUUUCUCUCUCUUUCUCUCUCUCACUCUCUCUCUCUGCUCUUGUCUGUGGCGUGUAACCUGCUGCUUCCUAUACCUCAUGAAUAUUCAUCAAAGGGCGUUAUUUGCAUUAUUUGCCCCUGAAAACAGGAGAGUACACAAAGGUGACAGCUGUCAACCUCAGGGAGGAAAAAUAUUGGAAGUCUGUCUGUGUGUGUACGUGUGCCUGAGAUGGAGAGAGGGAGAGAGGAAGAGAGGAAGAGAGGAAGAGAGGAGAGAGAGAGAGAUAGAGAGAGAGAGAGAGAUGAGAGAGAGAUAGAGAGCGAGAGAGAGAGAGAGAUAGAGGAGAGAGACGCGAGAUCCUCUCUGCUCUAGAUAUCUCGAGACGAGAGAGCGAGCUCGCGAGCGAUCAGAGAGAGAAAGCAGUUUUGUUUAUUUAGAAUGAUUGACAUGAUUACUGAACUGUAGUUAGUGUGUUUGUGUUUGGAUGGCAAGAAGAUUUUAUGGAGUUGUUGUUGUGGUACUGUACUCUGUGUGAGUGUUGUUGAGGAUUCGUGUGUGCUUGUGUGUGUGUGUGUUCAAGUGCAUAGGUAUGUGUUUGUGUGUGUCUGGCUGGCUUUGUGUCUGUGUCUGUGAUUGUUAGUGAGGGUUAUUUGAUAUGUAAAUGUAAGGAAGGUAUUAUGCGUGUUUAUUGUCGCUGCCACUCCAUUGGAAUCGCUCCUUAUUUAGAAAGACAGGCAUACAGACUGCAAUGGAAUGUAAUGCAACCAAUGUGCACCUCAUUUAAAUGCUUUGCUUUCACAGCCUUCCACUUUUCUUGACCUGGCAUCGUUAACUACAGAGUUUGUAGCCUUGGUUCCUAAUAAACAUUGUUUACCUUAGCCUCUCCUUGUGUGAACAGUCAGUUGGCUCUCUUUCCUCUCAGGUACGUGGCCACAGAUGUUGGCAGCCAUUGUGUAGAGAAGGCUUCAGACUGUGGCUCCUGUGUGUCUAUUGUCCCUGCCUCCCAGCCUCCCAGCCACCCAGCCACCCAGCCUCCCAGCCUCCCAGCCUCCCAGCCUCCCAGCCUCCCAGCCACCCAGCCUCCCAGCCACCCAGCCUCCCAGCCUCCCAGCCUCCCAGCCUCCCAGCCACCCAGCCACCCAGCCUCCCAGCCUCCCAGCCUCCCAGCCUCCCAGCCACCCAGCCUCCCAGCCACCCAGCCUCCCAGACUCCCAGCCUCCCAGCCACCCAGCACCCCCCCCUGCCUCCCAGCCGCCACCCACCCCGCCUUCCAGCCACCCUGCCUCCCCGCCACCCCUGCCUCCCUUGCCACCCCUUGCCCUCCCAGCCACCCCAGCCUCCCAGCCUCCCCGCCACCCUGCAUCCCAGCCUCCCCGCCACCCUGCAUCCCAGCCUCCUAGCCUCCCAGCCUCCCAGCCUCCCAGCCACCCUGCCUCCCUGCCACCCUGCCUCCCAGCCACCCAGCCACCCAGCCUCCCAGCCACCCAGCAACCCUGCCUCCCAGCCACCCUGCCUCCCAGCCUCCCAUCCUCCCCGCCACCCCGCCUUCCAGCCACCCUGCCUCCCAGCCACCCUGCCUUCCCGCCACCCUGCCUUCCAGCCUCCCAGCCUCCCUGCCACUCAGCCUCCCUGCCACCCAGCCUCCCUGCCUCCCUGCCUCCCUGCCUCCCUCCGUCCCUGUCACCCUCCCUCCCUGCCAGCUUGUUUACCAUCGCGACACAAAGCACUUCAAAUCAUAUCCUCUUUUCCUAUAAAUACACACAAGGCACUUGUGCUAGCUAGUUUGCAGUUGGAGCGUGAUUAGCCAUUAGCGUCAGAAUGGAGCUAGCUAGCGGUUGGAGUGUGAUUAACCAUUAGCGUCAGAAUGGAGCUUGCUAGCUAGCGGUUGGAGCGUGAUUAGCCAUUAGCGUCAGAAUGGAGCUAGCUAACGGUUGGAGUGUGGUUAGCCAUUAGUGUCAGAAUGGAGCUAGCUAGCUUAAUUGGAACACGUGGUCGCUUUAUGUUCAGACCUUGCUUGCAUCUCAAAUGGCACCCUAUUCCCUGUGUAGUGCACUACUGUUAACCAGUAGUGUUUUCAAACAUAUAUAUAUUUUUUUAUAGCUACUCCUAUUGUCUGGUGUUGUCUUUGUGCGAACGUUGCCUUAGUGCUUGUAAUGGAUGUGUCCAAUUUAUGGGAAUUCCAGUAGUCCAGUAUGAGGGGUAGUGUAUCUUCAUGUUUUUUCAAAAACAGGUUAACCCCUUGAAAUGGGGUUUCAUUAACCUGUUAUUUUAUAUGAAACAGAGUGUUCUCUGACUAUUUACAUCACUGGUAACAUUUAAACCUUCUUAGGAAUUUUUCAAUUUGUAGAAAAUUACUUCAUUAUGCUUGUUGCUUUGAGGUUAAUUAUCACGUUCACUUAAAAAAUAACAUUGAAUUACCUAGGUGUGAAUAUAGAGGAGUUAGAAUGAAUCUGAAGCUGAUUAGGAUCAAACCUUACAGUACAGUAAUAACAGGGGUGAAUGACAGUGAAUCAUUUAAAAACUGACCUCCAUAUUUGGCUGGAACAAUGGAGGCCUGUGCAGUGGAGAACUUUUGCAACCCGCUAUUUGAAAAAAGCUAUUUUCUAUUUAUUUAUUUAUCCUUUUUUUAACCGGAGAAGUCACAUUGAGAUUGACAUCUCUUUUUCAAGUGAGCCCUGGCCAAGAGAGCAGCAUACUUAAAGUUACAUGUAAGAAACAACUAGGGUGGUUGCGGUGACCGUAUUUACCGCCACACCGGCAGUCAUGAGUCAUGACCGCAGUCAAAUUCCACGUGACCGUUGAGUCACGGUAAUCUCCUUUUAUGCACAUGCGUUGGUGGUACCCAACUUGCUAACGACCAUCAGGUCCUAACCGCCUGGUACUCAGGGCUCCGUUGUCCCUCGGACCACUCUGACAUCCAUACAAAUGCAAUCGGAAAAUCACAUCAAACACUUAUCAUCAAAAACAGUAUCAUGCUUUUAAAACUCAUCGUUUGACAUCACUGUUCAAUGUUCAACAACAGGUUGUAACUGAUUGGAAAACAUGGUCGUUGUAGAUGUCGUUUCAAAGCCAAAGACAGCGAAGUAGACAGCGCUCUCUAAGGUGAUGAUUCAUUCAAAGCAUUUAAGACAUUGCAUGUAGAACACCCAUACGCAUAUUAGAGCUAAUGAAUAAUGGUUGUGUUAUUAUACAAUACAUAUCCUAAUAGCCUACCAUAUUACGCACGGCAGAAAAACAUUUAAAAAACACAAAUUUAAGAUGUCUUUGGUACAUAAUUGGUCUAUGGCAUGGCGCAUAGCCAGAUAACUGUCACGAAUCGUCGUUAGAUGAAGCGGACCAAGUCGCAGCGUGAUAGGCGUACAUACUUUAUUUACCGUACUGCACACGAAACAAAACAACAAACCAAACGAUACGUGAAGUCCUAGGUCAAAACACAAACCUUACGGAUCAAGAUCCCACAACGUAACAUGCCAACAGGCUGCCUAAGUAUGGUCCCCAAUCAGAGACAACGAGCUACAGCUGUCUCUGAUUGGGAACCACCCUGGCCAACAUAGAAAUACACGAUCUAGAACAAAAAACCUAGAAAACAAAACAAGGAAAAUCCACACCCUGGCUCAACAUUUAAGAGUCCCCAGAGCCAGGGCGUGACAAUAACAUACAGUAGGCCGACUCAUAUUCGGUUCUUCUGAUAAAAAUAAUAAUUCAUAUCAUAAUGUUUCCUUUGGACCUGAUUAAAAUGAAUAAUGGAUUUAUUGUGAUGGUGUAUAUUAAAUGGAUUUAUUAGACUUUUUUAAAAUGUAGAUGUUCCAAUUGAUCGCAUCAGUGGCUUGUAUGUGUGGAGGCCUGGAGAUGCACAACACAGCACAACGAAUGAAAGUUAAACUUGUGCAAGGUACUCUGAACACGUAUUUGGAAGAACGGAAGGACCCCGAACCCUGGCCCGCCUUGUUUCUCUGGUCAAACCCCUCUACAGCAGGGUUCAUAAACUCAGUCCUGGGACCCCCCCCCCCCCCCCCCCCCCUUUUGUUUUGGGUUUUGACCUAACACUACACAGCAGAUUAAAAUAACCAACUCAUCAUCAAGCUUGGAUUAUUUGAAUCAGCUGUGUAAUGCUAGGGGUUAAAAACCAAAACGUGCACCCAGGGGGAGCCCCAGGACCGAGUUUGGGAGACCCUGCUCUACAUCUGCAGGAUAGAUCAGGGCUGGGAUGACAGAGGGACAGAGGAACAAAGCUCCUUGUAAACAUCCCCACUCUCUUGUCUACUGCCAACUAUGCUCUAUUCUUAUCACUGGGAUUCAGUAGAGGGCAGAGCUCCUGUGUGUGUGUGUGUGUGUGUGUGUGUGUGUGUGUGUGUGUGUGUGUGUGUGUGUGUGUGUGUGUGUGUGUGUGUGUGUGUGUGUGUGUGUGUGUGUGUGUGUGUGUGUGUGUGUGUGUGUGUGUGUGUGUGUGUGUGUGUGUGUGUGAAUGAUCCAAGCCCGGUUUGAUCCAUUUCAGUUUUCCUCUUCUUCUAA